CUUAUAUUCUGACUACUUGAUACCUUCAAGCUCUUCUCCGUAUUGAAGCGUAAGUCUCUUUUUUUUAACUUUUUUUUUUGUAAUAGAUGAGAUUAGUUCAUUGAUCCAACUAUGUUGGAAAUGUUGUUUUAAUACAAUGUACAUAUUCAGUUUCAUCUCAUAGAUUUAUUAUCCUUAGAAAGACAAACAUUUUUUUUAAAAAUCUAAAACAAUUUAACACAUGACAAAUUAUAAGGUAAUUCUCAAGUACAAAAAGGAAUCGUCAUAUUCUAUGGAAAUUCAUCUAGUUAGUGACAAAAUGUCUAAUUUUAGAGUGGUUAUUAUGAUUUUUUUUUAAACAGCCGGGGAACAUUGUUUUACAUUUAUUUGAAGAAAUGUUACUUCUCUAAAAUAAUUUUUUUAUUAAAAAUGUAAUUACAAAUGGAAAGGAAAAAUGGAAAGGAAGAAAGAAUUGUAAAAAUUACUAUAUUAAAUAAGAAUCACACAAAUUUUACUUGUUAAAUCGGUGAAGAUGGAUUUUUGUUGAGAUUAAGGGACUAGGAAAUGGAUCGGUGAUAGGUUUAUUGAGUAAAAAUGUCCACUGAACAAGGUACCUGAAAGAGCUUCAGUGUCUGAAUGUAAGGGAUUAAGAGGAAGCAGGGUUGGCAUAGCAAUGGUUGAACAAAGACCAAACCGGAUCAGAAAAAAAAAGUGAAAACAGAGGCCCAAAUGUUUUAAACACUAUUGAUGAAUACACAAAACAGCGACGAUUUUCCCUAAAGUGUCGUUUAUUCGAACUGUCAUGUCUUUAUAGUAUUAUCGUCACUAAAUUUGCAAUUAGCGUGGCGUAGAGCGUGCGCUUACGAAUACCUGAAACACAUUCCGAUCAGGUCCCGCAAUCCAUGUCAAAACUAGAUACGUGUUGCACGUGCAGUUAAAAAACUGGGAUAAAGCCAUCGUCGCCUCGUUAACUAAUGACAAAACUGGGAUAAUGUCAUCGGCGUCUCGUUAACUAAUGACAAAACUGGGAUAAAUCCAUCGGCGUCUCGUUAACUAAUGACACAACUGGGAUAAUGUCAUCUGCAAGCUCGUUAGCUAGUAAUAAAACUGGGAUAAUAUAAUCUGCGUCUGGUUAACUUAAGACAAAACUGGGAUAAAGUCAUCCGCGAGCUCGGUAAUGACAAAACUGGGAUAAUGUCCAAGCUCGUCAACUAAUAUCUCUCUCAAAAUGAACGCCUGUAAAUAUUAUUAUUCUUAUUAACGGAAAGUAGUGUCAAUCACUUUGGUUUUCUCUUUAUUGUAAGUCAACUGAAUGCGUUUCGCCAAAUAUUUGUGUAUUAAAUAAAAGCCUAUAGAAGCUUAAUCUACAACUGUAUACGAUAGUUGAUUCUAGUAUUUUAGUUUCAUUGCAAUUAUAUCAACGUGCUUUUUUAUUCUAAUGUGCUCCCCUUACCGGGCCUCAGGCCUCUCGCUCAACAUUCCAAAUACGUCAAACAUGCACACAAAGCAAACUAUUUGGAUAAAACAUGCAUUUAGCUUUCAAAAGACACCAAGAAGAUCUUUCCACACAUAUAGAAGAAAAUAUAUAUUUUUUAUCGGCCUUCUUUUAGCCACGUGAUGCUGAGAUUUCUAAUGGCUGCCAUACCCUUGUUAGGGUGUCAAACCCUAUGAGAUUCUCAUCUCCCUGUGAGGGUGUAAUCUUUCUGUUAUGAUGUCAUCAGACGCAGUUCACACCUCCCCCUCCCCCCCCCUUUUCAAUGACGCUAUCGCAAAGGCUCAAAAUACGGUGAGCUGCAAAGAGUUUUUAAAUUUCCCCACUCGCAGACAAUGAAAAUGUUGCCGAGUUUUUUAACAACUUAACUUUUCGAACAAGGAUCUUUCACUCUAAUGAAGAGAAAACAACAUGGCAUGGAGAUUAAAUUGUUUAUCAAAAUUACAUUUAAUUGGGAGUGAAUGUUUAUUUCAAAUAAAUCCUCAUGUUCUUAUAAAAGAAUUUUUUUAAAAAUAUAUUUUUUUUGUUACUGAUUAUAAUAUUGUAUUCUCGUAAAUAUAUUCAAUAAAACAUUUCGAAUUGAAACAGUCUAUGCCAUUGCAUUCCUUUCUAAACGAAAGGCUAACGCCGGGGAUAAAAUAAAUAUAUUUUUGGGUAAUUUCUAACACAUUGCGUGGACCCCUGACCUAAGGGAAUGCUAAUUUGUGUUUAUAGUUGAUUGGGUUUUUUUUUAAUUAAGACCUUAUAGCACUCUUUAAAAGUGAAUAGCAAAUUAAUCUGUUUUAUCAAAAAUAGUGCUAAACCUUUCACCUACUUGUACGUUACAUUCUCCGGGAAUUUCCGUUCGAGGAUCUGCUAAUUCAAAUUUUCCUGGAAAUUUUCACUACCAGGAAAUUAUUGGUGCUUUUUUUUAUUUUAAAAAAUGAUUCGCCUUUUUAAAAUGUCAUUAAUUUUUUUUUUAAACGAAUGUUUGCGCGAUUUGGCUUCUGUAAAAGAAAAAGAAAAGAAGAAGUAAAAAAAAGAAAUUUAAAAAAAAAAAUUAAAAAUGUGUAAUUUUAAAAAACAAACGUGGAAUCACAUAUCAAACUUAGUUUCAUUAUGUCAUAGAUCUAUGAACAAAAGUUUUACCCGUGACAAUUCAAAGGUCAAGGAUGUCCAUGUCUGUUAUUUCGCCUUUCAUGGGAACUACCAACGGAUACACACAACGUCUAGCUUAGCUAAUGCUGGUACUACACACGUAUCUAUAAAUUAGAUCAAGUAAUGUAUAUAGGGGUAGAGUGGUUAAGACGUGAAAGUGAUUUCCCAUUUCUUUCUUUCUUUCUUUCUUUCUCUUCCAUUGCUAGCGUAAUAGAACUGAUGACGCACUGAGCACAGUAAGAAAAUUUCGUUCAAUAGAUUGUCCUGAGUCCCGAUAUUCUUACAAUAGAACGUAUGGCCUUAAAGAUGAAUAAUUUACAAUGCUAAGACAGAAGGCAGCGUAAAGGUUUCUUCCACUAAGCCAGGAGUCGGGAUAUGGUUUCAUCCCUUUAUCCUAAAAUAGUUUUGUUUGAUCCGAUGUGAGGCCCGAACUAAAGGGUAAGAAGGAAAUAUUGAUAAUGUUAAUUCAAAAUGGGUUUUCAAUAAAUAUGUAAACGGUCGAGAAAAGUGGUCAUGUUAAAAAUACAUAAUAACUAGCAAAUAAGCCCACCGUCUCCCGGAAUUACAUUCUACAGCCUUUUAGCUAGCAUCGAAAAUAGGAGCCCUGUAAAAAAAAAAGAAAAAAAAACGCAUCGAAAGUAAACAAAUUAAAAAUGUAUUAUUUCCCCCUACAAGAGAUAAAUUUAUUAUAUUAAUUUUGUAAACAUUUCUUUCCCCAAUGGGAUGCGGUUCCCCGAUAAGAACUUGUUCUCCGUUGGAAUCCAGUUCCCCGAUGAAUCCCGUUUCCAGUGGGAUAACGUACCUGGAAAAAUACAGUUUCUCAAUGAUCCGAUUCCCCGAUGAGAUCAUGUUUCCGGUGACAUCCUGUUCCUCGAUGGGAUCCCAUUCCCGGUUUGAUCACGUUUUCCGUUGAGAUCUCUUGUCUAGUGGGAUCCCAUUCCCGGUUUGAUCACGUUUUCCGUUGAGAUCUCUUGUCUAGUGGGAUCCCAUUCCCGGUUUGAUCAAGUUUUCCGUUGAGAUCUCUUGUUUAGUGGGAUCCCAUUCCCGGUUUGAUCCCGUUUUCCGUUGAGAUCUCUUGUCUAGUGGGAUCCCAUUCCCGGUUUGAUCCCGUUUUCUGUUGAGAUCUCUUGUCUAGUGGGAUCCCGUUCCUCGGUUCGGUCUAGAGCCAUUCAUUCACCCAAGAAUAUUUGUGGAUAAUUUCAUUUUUUUAAUGCUCAUAUAAAUAUAAAUAUAAAAUGAAUUUAAGGUCUUUGACCCCAAAAGGAAUAUAGUGUAAAGAAAAAAACAGCAUUUCCUUCUAAAUAAUGAUGGAUAAUUGUGUUAAAUUUGAUCAGCAUCCAUCAAUCCACGUAGCAACGUCUGCGGAACAAAUAUUAUUUUAUAGAUGUCACAUAGACGAAACCCCCAAUAUUUCCAUUUGGAUAGUUAUGGAUAUGUGUGACCCCAAUUGGCACAUAAAUCCAUCACUAUCCGAACGGGACUCUCGAAGGGGUUAGGAACAUUUUUUUCAGAUUCCGUUUGGGGUCGGAGACCCCGAAUUCUUUUCUUUUUCUUAUAUGCGCUAAGGCCUAUAGCUAAACGAGCAAUUUCAAGGUCAUGACAUCAGAGGUAGUAUGUGUUGUGAUGGUGUGAUAUUGAGAUAUGCGAACGAGAGAAAACUAUGGAUUUUGAGGCGCAGUGUGUGCGAUAGAGCGAGCGACAGAGAGACGAUUAUUUUUAAAAGGAGUCGCUGUGAGAUGUUUUACUGAUGAGAAUAUUGUUCCACAUAUGGAUUCAUGUCUCAGGUUAACUGUGAAACAGAUGGAUGUUUUAGUGCUGUCAAAAUAAAACGCAUGAUGUACCAUGAAGCUCGGGUGUUGUUUGAAUCGAACUAGACCGCAUGACCAAGGAAUAAAUGCCAUCGAGAUGGUCGCCAGCAUCGUAAGACUUCUAGACAACGAAAUAUUUGACAUUGGACCAAAUAUUUGACAUUGGACCAAAUAUUUGACAUGGGACCAAAUAUUUGACAACCACCAAAUACUCCUACAUGAAUGGAUGGAUCUUGACCAAACUUAGUACACAUGAACUGAUUAUCCAUAUUCAAAUACCGAAGGGAAUUGAAUUCAUAAUAUUCACAUCCUUAAGGCCGGAGGCCCCAUUUCAUUGUUCCUUAUAAGCUAUAAAGAAUAUAAAUACCAAUAUGCAUAGACAACACUAUGGAUUUUAUGUGAAUGGAUGGAUUUAGGCCUAGCUUUGUAGCAAUACCCUUCAUAGUGACCCUCGAGUCACACAAAGAUCACAGCGGGAUCGUGAUCCAGGGGUGGACUGGGGAGUUCAAGCGGCCCGGGAAAAAAUCAAAGUGGCCCUAUGUUCAUGACUUUUAUUUGAAUUUAUGUAUUUAUUUAUUUAGGCAUUUUUUUAUAUAGCGCUUACCUUAAAGCUUUAAGCGCUUUACAAUUAUUAAAAACAUGUAAACUAAGUAAAAUAAAGUAUUACAUCACCGGUCCUAGCGGCCCAUCGGGAAUCUUCCCGGUGUCCCGGCGGCCCAGGCCACCCCUGUCGGGAUCAUCAAGAAACUCGAUCCUAAAGGGAUUUGAAUCACACCGGGAUCAAACACCCACUGAUAUCGGGACCCACCGGUAUCGGGAUUCCACCAAGAUCGGGAUCCUUCCAGGAACGGGAUACCGACGGCAUGGGGAUCUCUCCGAGUUCGGGAUCUAUUGGGAAGCUUGAUUCUACCGGGAGUGGGAUACCAGCGGGAUCUGGAACCCACCGUUAUCGGGAUCCCACUGGGAUCUAGAUACAAUCGGGAUCUGAAUACGAACGGGAUUGGGAUGCCAUCGGGCUCUUGAUCCCAUCGGCAUCCUAAUGGGAAACCUGAUACCAUCGGGAUUGGGAUUCAACUGGGAUCGAUAUCCAGUCGGAUUCAAGAACCCACCAAUAUUGGGAUCCCACCCUGAACGGGAUCCCGGUGGGAACGGGAUACUACCGGGAUCGGAAUACCGACGGAAUCGCACUUCCACGGGCUUUGAGAUCCAGAGUGAUCGAGAUCCCACUUGCUUCGGAAAACUGACGGGAUUGGUAUACUAACGGGAUCGGAAUCCAAACGGGAUUAGGAUCUCAAAGGGAUUGGGAUCACAUCGGGAUCAUGAUCCAACCGGGAUUGGAAUCCAAAACGGGGUCGGGAUCCUUCCGGGAACCGGGAAACCAUCGAAAACGGGAUCACAUCGGGUAACGGCAACCGAUUGGGAUCUGUCUGAGAUCGAGAUCCCAUUUGGGGAACCAAAGUUUUAAAUAAUUCAUUAUAAAUGUGUUUUACUAAAGGGUUGGGUUUUUUUUUGCUCAUGGCACCUAAUUUUAAUGUUAACUAAAAGGCUGUAGAAGUUGCUGUUUUUCCGAAUGCAAUCUGGGCCACGCACGGUACGCUGGCAAAUAUAUACAACGCCAUAUUAUUUAUAUUUAUAUACAUAUAUGGCUUUGACGUAGGGCUGAAGAAAUACGUUUUAAAAGAUAAUAAAUAAAGUUCUCCAAAUGAACUACACCACACGUUAUUGUAAGCAUUGCAUUAUUAUUGUUUAACUAAGCAUUUUAUUAAUCAUUUGACUUGUUCUUGUCUUGCAGCUAGUCAUUCAUACAUCGAGUCGCACAAAAAAUGGGAGGAGGAUCAUCAAAGCCGGCUGAAUCGAGCCCACAAUCAAAAACAGAUCCAAAACUGUUGAACACAAAGCUAAAUUUUCUUGUCAUCGGUAAAGCUGGAAAUGGGAAAAGCUCUUCGUGUAAAGCUAUUGCGGGGUUACCUGAAGACUCACCUCACUUUGCGUCUUACAGAGACGUAACUGCAACCACAAAAAGUGUUGGUAAUUAUCGGAUACAUAGAUGGGGGAAAGAGAUAAGCGUGACUGAUACACCAGGUCUUGAAGAUCCUGAUCUAGAUGUUAUUGCAAACGCCAAAUUCGCCAGGAAAAACAUGAUAAACGCAAUGAACAUUUGUCCAGAAGGUUUUCAUGCUAUCGUAAUAGUUUUGAAUUAUCUCAGUAGAUUUACCGAAGAGGAGAAGAACGUGAUUGAGCUACUUACAGAAAUAUUUGGUGAAGAAAUGUUUCAGUUCACCAUAUUGAUUUUCACCCACGGUGACAGCUUUGAUAAUGAUCACAACAUUACUAAUGAAAAUGCAAGUCAAAGAAUCUUCAAAACCUGGUGCAGACAACAAGAAGGAGCCCUGAGAAAUUUACUAGCCAAAUGCAGUUUUAGGGUUGUCUUAUUUCACAAUGCCAAAUCAUACGAAGACAAAAGAGAUGUUGAUAUGAUUGAGUUGAAAAGGGAAACAGAAGGUAUUUUACAAGGAGGCACAUUGUACACAGACGAGCAAUUUGGAAGACAGCGAUAUUACAGAGAUAGAAUUCUCAUAAAUAAAUUUUUGGAUGAACUUAAAAAGCAGAUAAAUGAAUCUCUGACUUCAUUAAAAAAAGAAUUUAAACUUAUAACUACACAAGAGAAGAAAUUUAUUGAAAGAAUAGAUGAAGUCUUAAAGGAAAAGACGUCCCAUUUGCCAGAUUUAGAAUCCUUGCUGAAGAAUUUGAAGGAUUUAAAGGUAAAAUUGCAGGUGAAAAGGAAUAACCAAGAGAAACGUAAAAUGUAUUUACUCGUUCAAGACAAAAUCGAUACCCCGCUUUUCUUGAGUCUCAAGUUGUUGAGUGAUGACCUUCAGAAACUAAUCAAGCCAGAGUGGCACAAAGAGGAUCUGAAGCACAGGGCAAUGGCGCUACAAAGCUACAUACGUGAAGAAGACUACGGAACCAGAAGGCUAACGGAUGAACUUGAAAAUAUUGAUUACUUCCUCUCUGAGAUCAAUGGCUUAGACACAAAAGCGAGAGGAGUGUAUACCGAAAUUGAAUGAUGCAAACGAAAUUGGAACAUGGGGAAAUAUGAAAUUCCCCAAAAGGAAAACAGCCAGAAAAUGUGACCUCAGUAGGCGCGUACCAUAAAUUUCCAAUUACUAUCUGGCAUUCUUUAAACCAUUGAUAGUAAAUUUGUUUAAUUUGCGUUAAUCGAAUCAAUUUUAAUCCAAAAAUAUGAAAUUGCUUAUAUGCAUAUAUUAGUGAAAUUUCUUAGUAAAAUUUUG